AUGGCCGCCGAGUUCUUCGCUUUGAUGACCGAGUCGAGCAUCCCCGACAACAUCCGGGAAGCCCUGGCCUCAUAUGAUACCCCGCUUUUCGCGAGGUCAUGCAACGACCAAGACGAGCUGGCCUCCCUCAUCAGCCACCUCAUGGAGGCCUCUGACACGUCGGCUCCAGGCGACCAGAUCAUGGCCAGGGCUUCAGUUCGUCUGCUUUUCAGCCGCUGCAGAGAGUCUUGCGGCUUGCCCCCACUUGAUGAAGUCAAAGGGGUCCAGCAGCCAACAGGGAGUGCCUCGCCACCUUCGGCUCCCCCAGCUCCCAACGCUGGCUCUUCUUGGCAGGAGUCUUGGCCGGCAAAGCUCAGCGCUGAACGCACAGCUGAACUUCGCAAACGCUUUGAGGAUGAUUAUCCUACGGAGCUUCUUGACAGUGAGAGUUUCCCCAGCUCCCGCUUGCUUGCCCUAACAUCAAAAAUGGUGGCCGACAAGGAAAUACGCUGGCUGCCUUGGAAGUUCCGCUUGAGUGCCAAAGCACAGGAUGAUAGCCUGCUUAUCCGCCCUAAGAAGCUCCCGCGCCUUACUGAGCUCAGCGAUUUGCUUCUGGAUGAGGCCCCUACCCGAGAUAUUCAUGAUGGACCAGCAUCAUUCAACCUGAUCAAUCAGCUGCUCACUUUGGCUACCAACAGCAUUGCUCUAUGUCGGGGUGCACACCUGGGCUCUCUCAAACUCUACCAGAAGAAGUUUCUGAAGCUUUGUUUCAUGAAGUAUGAGUCCGCUUCCAACCUUCGAGGGCCCACUUCCUUGGAGGCUCAGGCAGCCGAUAAACGUGCAUGGGAGCUUAUCGGCGAACUCGUUAACAUUCACGCUUGGAAGCUCGACGACGCACUUCAUGAGGUGACUCAGGAACCCUGGAGGCUGGAGGAAUCGUCAGGCAACGGCAAAGGCAACAAGGGCAAGCAUGAGCCUUCCUCCCAUGCUGAGGACCCCCCUACGGAAC